AGAAGAGCAACCAUCAACGCACUUUACAAUCCUUCUCAGACACUCCACGGAAAGGAGCACAGAAGCUCUAACAAUGAAAAGCAUUCACUCUUUGGCUGGAUUCCUGCUCCUCAUCAUGAUUCAAAGCAGCUGGCAGGUGCCUGACCAGGACUCAGACCGAAACCCAAUGCUAUUGGCUGAAAACUCCAUGCUGGCCGAACCCAUUGAGCUCCCAAACAUCAAGAGGCAUUCGGAGGGAACCUUUUCCAACGACUACAGUAAAUAUCUGGAGACAAGAAGAGCACAAGACUUUGUCCAGUGGCUAAAGAACUCAAAAAGGAACGGGAGCAUAUUUAGACGCCAUGCAGACGGCACCUACACCAGUGACGUGAGCUCCUACCUGCAGGAUCAGGCCGCCAAGGAGUUUGUGUCCUGGCUGAAGACCGGCCGAGGCAGACGAGAGUAAACUCAACCAAGCUCCCUAAAUAAUGCAGCAACUCACAUCGACCCUGUGCUAUUAUAUGUUUCACAAUCUGUGCUAGACUUUUUUUCUUGGUCCUGCUAUUAAAUUCCCCUCAUACAAAGCUCUGUUGACCUUCAGUGGUUGAAGGAAAUAUUGUUAAAAUGCAAAAAGUAUGUUUGAAAUUUGUCUCAAUCAUAAAUGCUGUGUGACUUUAUAUCAAGCAUUCAUAUCAUGUUUCAUUUUUUUUCACCUUUUGACAUUUUCAUCUUCCUUCUCACUUAAAAUAUGUUUGUUACAAUCACUUUAUUAAUCUGAGUUGCGACUUCCAUAAUUACACCUGUAGAUAGU